AUGAGAACCGUGAGAACCGUCGCUUCCCUCUUCUCGGUGCUCUUCGGCCUCGCCGUCGCGCAGGAGACGGGCAAUCACCCCGAGUGGCCGCGAUGGUGCGGCAAGGUGUACCAGCCGGAGUAUCCGAGCUUCGACCCGGGCGGCCAGGCCGUCGAGCCGCCCAAGCUGCCUGGCGGCCCGGCGUUGGACAUUCAAUUCAAACCGCGCUACAGCAUCUAUCUCGAGAGCGACAAGCAGGCCGAGUUUGUCGUCAACGCGGGCGUGUCAAAGUGGCGCGGCCAGCCAUGGCCGGGCCUCGAUGCGCCAGACACCGCCCCAAAAGUCGUCUUCACCAUCAACCUCGUCUCCAAUAAUGACGUCUUGGUCUCGGACACGCUCAAGGUUGGCUCUGAGCAAAAAGUCUUUGCCUUCAACCUCACUGGACUGAAGCCCAGCUUCGACCCCUACCAAGUCGUCCUCUUUGGCGCGACCGAGUCCGGCGCACCAAACGUCACAGCGACGAGCGAGUUCUUACUCCUGCCGGAAAAGACGACCGGCAGCGUGACCAAGCUGGACAACCUCAACGGCGGGAUGCUGUUCCGCAGCGCCGCGACGGGACACAAAUUCGAGCCCUUCCUGCCGUACGGCUUCUACGCCUCGUGCGACAACUUUCUCUGCGACAAGGACAACAUCCGCAAGAUCAAGGCGUACCACGACCUGGGGCUCAACAGCAUGGUGUCGCUGACGACCAUCUUCAACUCGAGGCAGGCGUACGAGUACCUCGACAGCCUGGACCUGAGGUUCAUGUACGACCUGCGAGGGUAUUACAAGAACUUGACGGCGGUGCGGGAGCAGGUGGCUGCGAUCAAGGACUUUGACGCGAUAUACUCGUACUGGGGCUCGGACGAACCCGACGGCCACCAAGACCCGUUCCAUCUCCUCCCCGAAGCCCGCGACACCAUCCGCAAGCUCGACCCCUACCACCCCGUCUCCGUAACCCUCAACUGCCAAAACUUUUACUUUAAAGAGUACACGGCAGGCGCGGACUUCAUCAUGGAGGACGUCUACCCCAUCGGCAUCAACAGCACCUUCUCGAAAUGGGGCACGCCCUGCAACGCCACGUACGGCGACUGCGGGUGCGACAACUGCGAGGGCAACGUGCAGGACGUGGGCCGGCGGCUCGACGACCUGGCGCGCUACGAGGGCUACCACGGCCUGUGGCCCAAGACCAAGGCGCACAACCCGCAGAGCUUCCACGGCGAGGGGUACUGGCUGCGCGACCCGACGCGCGAGGAGGAGGUGGCCAUGAAUGCGCUGGGGUUCCAGCAUGGGGCCAAGGCGGUUGCGUCGUGGGUGUGGCCGACGAGCGAGGCGCUGGCGGGGGUGCAUGGCGAGUUUGCAAAGGUGGUGGCGCGGAAGCCGGUGAGGGAGUUUAUCGUUGGGGCGGUGGCGAGGAGGGUUGGUGUUCAGGGGGCUGGGGAGGUGGUCGAGGCGGCGUACUGGGAGCUGGGUAAGCAGGUUCUGCUGUCAGUUGUCAACGGUGGCUAUGAGCCUAUCGGAGACGACGUGGUCAUCAGUCUUCCCGAGUCUCUGGCCAUAAAGGCCAAGGAAAGCGUCGUCUGGGGCAAUGGGACGUGGACGCUCGAGGGCAGUGAAGUCCGGCUCAAGGGGCAGUCGGCCAUGUCGACCAACAUGAUCAUCCUCAGAGCCUGA